AUGUCUGACUUGUACAAGUCCACCAUCCUGUACCGCGAGCACCCCGAAGCGGCUCAGCUCGUGACGCACCUCCACGCCCUGUCCGAGCAGCAAGAUGCGCAGGGCACGGGCAUCUCUUCGCUGAACAACCAGAAUGUGCAGGCGCGCGACUUCAGUGUCUACAAGGACAAGAUGGUCGCGCUCGAGCAGGACAAGUCGGAGCUGAUCUACGCGGUGUUGCGCAACAAGAAGGCGCGACGCAUCUUUGAAGCGGGUACGUCGUACGGCGUUUCGACGAUCUACUUCUUGCUCGCUUCGCAGGCGGCUGAUGCUGCAGCUGGCAAGCCAGGUGGAUUGCCGGCGAUGGUGUGGGGCACCGAGAAGGAGGAGCACAAGGUCGACGCUGCGAUCGGCAACCUGGCUCAGGCCAUGAAGCUGCCGAAGGGCACCAACGACAUCCCGGGAUUUACCAUGCUCAAGGGCGACAUCCUCGAGCUGACCGAGAGGGCCAACAUCGAGGCAGACAGUCUCGACGCUGUGCUGUUCGAUAUCUGGGCAGAGAUGGCCCUACCUACAUUCAAGCUGCUCGAGCCGUCGCUCAAGCAGGACGCCGUCAUCUUCAUCGACAACUGGCUCACCGGUAUCGAGAUCGGCACGUACGCAAAGUUGCGAGAGUAUCUCGAGUCUAAAGGCUGGUACGUUGCUGCGAUGCCCUUCAAGAACGGGCUCGGGAUGGCGACGCGUGUGUAG